UAACCAGACAGUUAGGGCUCAGGGUUAGGGCAAAGGUCGACCCUUUCAGGAAACGCAGUGCAGACAUCGCCGCAUCCCACUACGGAGUUAUCCCACUCGUCCACCACCACCACUUGCCAAGCUGCCAUUCGCCGAAACAAGGGCCACCGACUGGCACCGAGCGACCCUAGAAGACCCAGGUCGGAUUUUGUCCAGGAAGCUGGGCGUGAGAUCUUCAAGCUGGUUCUUCGCUUCAGGUAAUUAAUUGGUCAAGAAGCUAAUUUGAAACCUCACGAUCCGAUCCUCCCUCCCGUCCGCCUCCGGAAGCGGUCCAAAAAUGGCCCGUCUAUGCAGUGCUUCUUUUGGGGCUUCCCUGUCCCACCGACCCGGGCCUGCGUGCCAUGGUUGUGAUAGUCGAACAACGACAUUAUUAUCUACUCAAGCAAGCUGUGCUGACCCUCUUCCCGGAGCGAGAAACAGCAUGUGGCAGGCCCGAUUAAUAUCAUAGAAAUAAAACACCAAACCUCGUUGCAAGAUUACAUCUCACUUACUAAGAAGGACAGUUACAAAAAACAUAAAUUACCGGGGUCUGCAUUGGUGGAUUUAAUAAAUGAAGCGCGAACCAUUCCCAAACUCUCUACUUCCCAAGUGCCCAGCUCCCGCUUCCGCGCUGCAGGGAGGCAGUUUAGUGGGGACUUAGACGUGUUGGUCACCCUGGGCUGCAUUCUUAGGCCAGUCCGAGAUGAAAUUGAAUGCCACGACACGAACAAGCCUAGAACAGGUUCCUGCAUGCCCGUUCCCUACAACUUACAAGAAUCCAAAUAAUAAUGAAUAAUGACGGAAGGAAGAGCGUGAACUUCGUUAACCAAGCCCCUCAGGACCGAGCUGUUGAUGGAUAGCCCAAUGAUAAUGUGCAGGCCAGGUCAUAAGCAAUUAGUUAUCCAGACAGUCGCUCCAGGCAGAUUUGCAGACGAAACUGGGUCUCCGACGCGCGUUGGGGGGGAAAAUAGUGAACCAGGUCCAUGGGAUGGAUAUCAUAGAGUGUGUGGGAAUGGGGGUUGUGUGUAUCAGGUUCGAGCAGUGAUUCUGUCCCAAGGUUACGCAGACAGUUUCGACUUUUCAGUAUAGUUAUUUUCCCCCUCAAUUCACACCCAUGAUAAUUGGCUAGAUGAAAAAUGUCUCAUGCAACUGCCGAUAAACGCCUUCUCCAGCGUCUGAAUGUUGCUUGUUUUUCCUGUCGGCUGGACUUGAGUUUCUCCAUGGACUAAUGUACUGCUUGCUAGUGACCGGACCGGGGGUGGGAUUGGAAUGGUCAAGGAUUCCCCCUCUCCACUUGCACGGCCGAGCCAGUGGACGCGGACAGGCCAUGGUCUUGGGUGUGUGGAGAAACGGAGAGGAAGCAAAAAAUCAGCCAAAGAGGCGGAAAAAACAAAGAAGGGCAAGACGAAAAAACAAAUAUGAAGUAAAACGUUUUUGUGAGGGGAAAUCAUUUAACAAGAAGUAUUCGCCCCAAGUUUUCGGGGGAUCUCACAGUAUCAUUUUCCCUCACCACCUCUCUCUUUGGCUUCCUUGAAAUCUAAAACCACUGUUAUCCAAUUUCACGCCAAACAAAACUAUUCUCGGUAGUAUCCAAGCUCACAGAUUUGGCAGGGGAGUUCCGCGCUAAUAAUCGAUUCAGCUCCACUGCCUCAGUCCCAUCUUCCCGCAGUGAAGCGGACGCACCCAAACAAGCAACGAACUUUUAACAUCCAUCACGAAUCCGCAGCGAGUGUAGCGAGCAGUAGCUAUACAAAGGAGCCGACUCAACGGCACAACGCGACGCAGUGCCACCAAGAAACUGGGAAAUAAAACUCCUCUCCGGUUAAAUAACACAGAUAAGGGAGACCCUUCCCGUGCCAGCUUAAUUUGUAUAUAUAUUGCCCAGGUGGCCUGCUUCUUCGCCUCGGAAGCCCCCGCACCCGGAUUGCUGGAUUGUUGCAACAAUUGAGAAAGAAGGGCGGGUUGCGAGGGUGCAUCAUAUAAACAAUUUCUGACUUAAUUACAGAGAUGCCCUCCUUCUCUGACUUCCGCAAUACGUCCGCAUAAUUCCGGAGGAUUCUUCCCAUUCCAUACUUCCUUCUAGGCGCGUGUCUAGAGAGUCAUGUCAUGGUUGAAGCAGGCUCAUAUUUAAAAAUUAAACCAUCCUUGGAGGCCAAUAUGGAGGUGGAUAUAGGAAAUACAGAGACAUAUUUGGCAGAGAACGAGCCAACGUCACAAAACUACGUUCCCGAACCGGAACCACAAAAUGGCACCACGAAUGCUAUAGCAAUAGGGUCGGAUACGGGUCACUCACAUUCAUUAUCGUUCGUCCUGCCUCCCUAUAUAUUCCUCUUCUCAGGAACACAUUCGUCCUAUCUUACGUCUUACUUUUCUCUCCGGUUUACAAUCCGCAAAACAAAUCGCGUCACAGCGCCAUCCCCACUCACACAGCAAACACUUGUAUAGAUCCUCCAAAUCCCUUUCCGAACACAUAAUCGAAGACAUACUCGAGAAUGAACGCCGCUACUGCAACGAAACCUACUUCAUGCCAAACGACGAAGCCGAACAAACCCGUUUAUCAAUCGAGCACCAAAUCUUCCUAAUAAUCUAUGACGGCCGACUCGCCAAAACCAAGCUACCCCCGACAGUCUCCCGUAUCCUAGACGUCGGCACCGGGGCCGGUGACUGGGCACUCGGCAUGGGCGAAAUGUACCCAGACGCCGAGAUCCUCGCCAUCGACAUCUCCGUCUUCGACUCAGACCCCAUCUCCAUCGCGCCGCCCAAUGUCUUCUUCCAAAUCGACGACGCCGAGUGCGGCGAAUGGAACUACCACCACCCCUUCGAUUUCAUCCACAUCCGCGGCCUCUCGGGCGCCAUCGCAGACUGGCCAUCCCUGUAUAGCCAGGCCUUCAAGAACCUGGAACCAGAUGGCCACAUCGAAGUCGCCGAUGUAGAUUACACCUCCGGCCUGCUGAACGCCCGCAACGCGCCGGCCAACUCGUAUCUGAGCAUAUUUUUAUCCGCCAUCCGCUCAGCGGCUGAUGUGGCGGGGUACCCGCGCGACCUGUCACAUCUGCGCAUGACUGCGUUGGUGGCUGCGGGGUUUGAGCAGGUCCGGACAUAUGAUAUUCGGGUACCGAUUGGGACAUGGUGCAAUGAUGAUGCGAGGGGGAAUACGCUGGGGAAAAUGGUGUUGAUUGUGUUGUUGGAAGGGCUGGAGGCAGCGAGUAUGCGCUCAUUGACCAAAUAUGUUGGAUGGACGCCAGAGCAGGUGAGAGAUUUAUGUGAUAAGGUGAAGAUGGAGAUUGUUAUGGGAGCGGCGGAGGGGGCGGUGGGGGUUGUGAAGGUGGUUACGGGGAGAAAACCGGGUAUCGACUCGGCGCUUGACUAAUGAGAAUGAUUUCAUGAUUAAACACUACGAUUUUCUCUUCAUCCAUCUUAGCUUUUUCGCCCGCGCAUAUAUCUACUUUCCCUGAACAUUUGGCGGGGCAGCACUUCGUGACUAUGCUUUCUUUCUUGUAUUUCAUUUCCUGCAUGGCCUUCAGCCGGGGCGGAGGGCUGAAGAAGACGCGGAUGCUUCCAAUUACUUUUACAGGUUUUUCUGUUAUUCAUUCUGGAGACAAAGAGGGGGGGGUUAAUUAUAUUUCUAGGCCCUGGUGUACCCCCUUUACCUCUUCUUGAUAUAGAAGAAUAUAUGCUAUACUCAGCGUGUGUGCUCAGCGAUAGUUUAAAUACUUUAUGACCCACCACCAUCGAUCAUAUGGAUAAUAUUUACAAGCUUAUUCCUUCAUUGGUACAUUGUCAUUGCAAUCAUCGAUGGAUCAUCCUUUCAUAGGGAAGAAGCGAAGCAUCCAUCGGUCAAGGCAUUUGCCCCUAUAAUAAUCAUAAUCAUAACAAUCUCAACUCCAAUC